UGUCCUUACAAAAAGACAAGCCUUUUGUAUUUGAAAUCAUUAUCAUCUAUCUUAACUGUCUUUAUUAGAAAAUUGACAGUUAUGGGUAAGUGGCAGUAGAUAUGACAAAUAUUUAAAAGUUAUUCUUUAUCUUUUCAGACCCAGUGGUGAACCGCAGUGUGAAUUUUCUAAAAUAUUCAGUGGAUUACAUAGAUGACUUAGGAUUACCUUAUGAUUACCAAUCCAUAAUGCAUUACGGUUUUGCUUUUUUUGCCAAAGAUCCUUAUUCACCAACACUAUCACCCAAAUACCCAUAUGCCUAUAUUGGGCAAAGAAAAUACAUCAGUCCUAUUGAUGUUAAAAAAGUUCAGCUUCUUUAUGGUUGUGGGGGGCAUACAAAGUGGGAUUGCAACUUUGAACAACAGAACAUUUGUUCUUGGAAACAAAAUACAGACGAUGAUUUUGACUGGAAAGUCUUCAAAGGUUCAACUCCAACUGCAUUCACUGGCCCCAGUGGAGAUAAUACUAAUGGUCUUGGCUAUUACAUCUUUGCUGAAGCUAAUGGACAUGAGAACAGAGUGACACAGCUCACUUCACAACAUAUACCAACUAAUUUAUACUGUAUCAGACUCUCUUACCACAUGGCUGGCUAUACAGUAGGCAUGUUGUCUCUACGAGCACAGUUCUUUGAUAGGCAGCAAACAGAGGUGUUGUUUAGCAAGAGAGGAAUACAGGGAGAUGAAUGGCACAAAAGUGACAUUGAAUUUCAAGCCAGAUCCCCAUUUCAGUUGGUACUGGAGGCUGUUAUUGGUUCUGGCAGAGAAGGUGACAUUGCAGUGGACGACAUCAGAGUUGAACCAGGAUUCUGUAACUACAAACGGAAUUUCAGAGGGAUUGAUCUACCUUGAUAACUCUUCUGCACAUCGUACAGUUGUAAAAUGGUAACACUAUAACAUGUUAAGAUUAGUAACAUAUAAAC